AUGGAUGAAGAGGGAAUGCACGAGUAUGAAAAGGGCCAUAUUAAGAAGCUGCAGGAGCAGCGCAUGGCUAUGCAGAAGAAGACCUUCACUAACUGGAUGAACAACAUCUACAGAGAGAAUGGUAGUAUCCCAAUAACAGACAUCUACACAGAACUAAGUGAUGGGUUAUACCUGUUGCGGCUUCUGGAGUUCAUUUCAGGAGAACAGCUGCCUAAACCGGCAAGAGGGAAAAUGAGAGUCCAUUUCCUGGAAAACAACAGCAAAGCUCUAACUUUCCUGAAGUCCAAGGUACCUGUGAAAUUAAUUGGGCCAGAGAAUAUUGUGGAUGGAGAUCGGACAUUAAUAUUGGGCCUUAUCUGGAUCAUAAUUCUUCGUUUCCAGAUAUAUUCCAUCACGUUGGAUAAGGAUGAGUUUGGUGCCAGUGCCGCUAAGGCAUCUGCCAAAGAAGCUCUUCUUAUAUGGUGCCAAAUUAAAACUGCCCCCUACUCAAAUGUAGAUGUGCAGGACUUCUCAAGGAGCUGGCGGGACGGACUUGCGUUCAAUGCUCUCAUCCAUGCUCACAGGCCUGAUCUCAUUGACUACCACACUCUCAAAGCAACACAACCCUUGCACAAUUUGAACAAUGCCUUCAAUGUGGCAGAUACGAAGCUAGGCAUAUCCAGGCUGCUGGAUGCUGAAGAUGUUGUCAUCCCACAACCAGACGAGAAGUCCAUAAUGACAUAUGUGUCUCUGUAUUACCAUUACUUCUCCAAGAUGAAACAAGGGCAAACAGUUCAAAAAAGGAUCGGCAAUAUUAUGACCCUUAUUCUUGACAUUGAGAAUCUAAAGAGACAGUAUGAGGCCAUGGUAACUGAUCUCCUAAGGUGGAUCCGGCAGAAAGUCGUGGAGAUGAAUGAUCGUCAUUUCCCCAACUCCAUCAAUGGUAUGUUGCAGCUCUUGGCAAACUUCAAAGCCUAUCGCACAGUAGAGAAACCUGCAAAGUACCAAGAGAAAGGCCUGAUUGAAGCUCAUUUUUUCAACAUUCGGACCAAACUACAGGCCAACAAUUUGCGGCCUAGCAUUUUACCCGACCUGAAGACUUUGAGUGAUAUAGAGAAGUAUUGGACAGUCUUGGAAAAAGCGGAACAUGAGCGGGAGAAGGCACUGCAGAACGAGCUGCUUAGACUGGAACGGUUGGAGCAGUUGGCUCAGAUCUUCAAGAAGAAGGCUUUUCUUAGAGGGUCCUACCUGCACGAAAUGAGGCAAGUCAUAGAGCGGCAAGAUUUCAUGCCCAGCAAUAUCACCGAAGUGGAAGCUGCCAUUAAGAAGCUGGAGGCGAUCGAAGCAGAUGUGUUACCUCGUGAACAGCGGUUUAAGUCACUUGCCGAAAUUUGUGCCAUUUUAGACAAGGAGAAUUAUCACAAGAAAACAACAGUUAUAACAAGGCAACAAGAGAUAUCAAGGGACUGGAGUGGAUUGCUGAACUUACUGGAAAUGCACAAACACUUAUUAGAAGACAAGCGGCAAAUACUGGUCCUUUUACGAGACAUUGACAGUGUCGUUGAAGAGCUGAGAGCCGCGCAGGAUCUAAUAGGCUCAAAGGAACUUGGGAAACAACUAGCUGAGGUGGAUUACUUUCUUCAAGAACACAACUUAAUUGAAUCCCAAAUUAUGUCAUAUGGUGAAUCGGUGAGACAGAUUGUGUCCAGGGCAGAGCAUAUCCCGAAGAGUGAAAAGGGCAGUGUUGAUGUUCUCCAAACUAAAGUAAAGAACUUACAACAACUUUAUCAGAACCUAGUAUCCCUCAGCAAAUCUCGGAGAUUACGUCUAGAGGAGUUAUUGAAGUUAUAUCAGUUUUUCCGAGACUGUGCUGAGGAGGAGGCUUGGAUCCAUGAGAAGUGGCAAGUGCUCAGACUGGCAGACCAUGGCAGAGACCUCAGCUCCAUCAACUCAUCUAUAGCAAAGCAAGAGGCCUUAGAAGCAGAGAUACUUUCCCACCAGUCUAUUCUGGCCAAGGUGGUGAGAAAUGGGAGAGAAUUGUGUCAGUUGACUUACACAGACCAGGCAACUAUCCAGAAAAUGAUUGAGAAUGUCCAGAAACAGUGGCUGGAGCUUCAAGAAGAGGUCAAAAGGAGUAAAUCUCGGCUAGAGGUGGCGGCGCUCAUUAAGCAGUACUUUGCCGACGCUAAUGAAGCAGAGUCAUGGCUGAAAGAACGUCUGCCACUUCUCACAAGUGAGGAUUAUGGCAAGGAUGAGUCCAGCGCUGAAGCUAUAUUACAGAGACACCUCAGGCUUGAGAAAGAGAUUUCGGCCUAUUCCACGGAAGUGAUCAGGCUUGGAGACCAGGCUCAGACAGUAGCAGGCAAAGCUCCUCUUAUUGAAAGAAAGCCAGUGAUUGUGAAGAUAACUCAAGAGAGGAACAGACCACAAAAACAAAGCUAUUUGCCAUCAAUGCCCUUUGAAUCAGAAGAGUCCAGACAAGACCUCCAGAUGACACCGGACAAAAUCAGAGCUGUGCAGGACGAGAUAGAAGCUUCAUAUGAGAACCUUCAACAACUGGCCAAGAAAAGGAAGAAAGCAUUGGAGGAAAUGGUCCGUCUGUAUCAGUUUUAUAGCGCUUGUGGGGAGUUUCAGUCUUGGAUGGAUGACAAGGAGAAGAUUUUUCAGACUUUUCAGCCAAACCCUGAUAACGUGGAGGUCAUGCAGAUAAAGUACCAGAACCUCCUGACUGAUCUUGCAGCGGGGAAGGCGCGUCUAGAUGAGAUUAACAAUCUGGCUGAUAAAUUGGUCAAGACUGCCCCCGACAGAAAAAAUCAGAUUCUGGGCCACCUGAAGUCUAUUGGUGAUAGCUGGAAUCGCUUGGAAGUUUUGAAAGAAGAGAAAGGCGCCGAGCUCAUCGGUCUGGCUGAUGUAAAGACUUUCCUCCAAAACUGUGAGAAUAUGGAAACCCUGAUACAGGAGAAGAGAAAUGAGCUGCAGGGUUCUGAGCCCUCCGGGAACAUGGAGUCAGAGGAGCGCCAGUGGAAAGCACACGAUAGGGAUAUUGAUGCGUUGGAGAGAAAAAUUGCUUAUCUAAAGUCUAUGGAAGAAUCAAUGAGACACACAAAUCCACAGGAGAGUUUAGCCAUCAGGAAACAGAUUGAACAAAUGGAAAAACUUCUUGUACAACUGAAAGAAGAGGCUCAGGUGAAAAAGGACAGGCUUCAAAAGGCCAAAGAUGAAAAGACUUUCCUACAGGAUAGCCACAGACAAAUGCUCUGGGUCCAAGACAUAAAGGAGAAGUUAACAAGUGAGGAGACGGGCACGGAUGUAGCAUCUGCAGAACAGCUCCUCAGGGACCACCGAUAUCUGCUUAAAGAGAUUGAGGGACAAAGAGACAGAAUAAUUGAACUCCAACAAAUGGGUAAAACUGUAUUCCAGUCCAGCAAUAGCCCUGAAGUGCGAGACUCCUUAAUGAGCCUCAUUCAAGAGUACAAUGAGCUCAGCGAUUUGUGGGUAGAAAGAAGAGAGAAACUUGAACAAGGUUUGGAGCUGCAGCAAUUUUUGCGAGAAGCUGACAGCAUUAAUGCAGCACUUUCCAGCCAUGAAGCAUUUCUGAGGGUCAAUGAUCUUGGGGACCAACUGGAUACAGUGCAGAGUCUUUUGAACAGACACAAGCAGUUUGAGAAAGUGUUGUUGGCUCUAAAAAAUCGAGUUGUCAGCCUUCAAACAAAUGGAGAGUCCCUCGUGGCAAAAGAUCACUAUGCUACUCCUUUGAUAAAACAGAGGGUGUCUGAUGCUCAGAAGAGAUACAAUAAUUUGGACCAAAAAAGUGAAGAAAGACAAAAGCAACUCUUGGAUUCCUUGAGACUCCAGGAAUUUAAUCGGGAGGCCACAGAACUGUUGGUGUGGAUGGAGGAGAAGUAUAAAAUUGCCUUAGAUGAGUCAUAUCGGGACCCAACUAAUAUCCUCCGUAAAUUAAAGUGGCACGAGGCUGCUGAGCGAGAGAUGGAUGCCAACCAAGUGUGCUUUGAAGACUUAGUCAAAGUCGGACAGCAGCUGCUAAGAGAAGAUCAUUAUGAAAAAGCUUUUAUCCAGUCAAAGAUGUUGGAAGUCACACAGAAAUGGCAAGAGUUAAAGCAGAAGAUGGCCGACAGAGGAGACAAGUUGAGGCAGGCAGGACAGCAAGAACAACUGAUGGAAUUGCUGCAGGAUGCCAAAGUGAAGAUUGAGAAGAUAGAGAAGAUACUGCAGUCUCCGGAGUCUGGACAUGACCUGAGAACUAGUCGAGACUUGCUGAAAGAGCAUCGUCAGCUGGAAAAUGAGAGCAGAGAGCUGGCAGAUAAAAUGAACUCAAUUGUGUCCCGGGCUCAGAAGAUGGCCACCAAUCAUUUCAACUCACAAAAAAUCAUGGAUGAAACGAUGAAGUAUCUGAGGAGAUUUGAAUCCCUACAAGAGCCUUUGACCAAAAGAGGAGAAUUCCUGCAAGCCAAAGUGAAUCAAUAUGAGUUUUAUCACUACUGUGACCUGGAGGCGACAUGGAUCUCUGAAAAGAUGCCGAUUGCCAGCUCCACUCAUUUUGGCAAGUCAUUGGACGCAGCACAGAGUUUGCUUCAGAAACAUAAGGAGUUACAAGCUGAAGUCAAUGCACAUAAACAGCAGCUACGCCGUGUGCUGGACAUGGGCAGUUCUUUGAUUGCAAGUGGCCACCCCGAAUCUCGCAACAUCUCUGACAAGAAUAAGAAGCUGCAAACUGCCUGGGCAGAGCUGGAGCAGGCGUGUGACACGAGGAUGAAGGGCUUACAGGAUUCAGUCAGCUUUCAGAAGUUCCUACUUGAUGUGACUGACAUGGAGAGCUGGAUUGGAGAGAAAAGUCCAUUGGCUAACAGUAAAGAUUAUGGCAAAGAAGAAUCUACCACCCAAAAAAUGAUGAAGAAACACAAGGAUUUACAGCAGGAGAUUGAGCUCUACCAAGACUUGACAUCUAAGCUAGUCACCUCAGGGCAAAACCUGCCUUCCUUUGGUUAUGAUGAGGUUGAUGCUCCUGUUAAAAAGAUCCGUUCUCAAAUGAAAGAUCUAGAGGGCUGUGCAAGUGUAAGAUGGGGAAAACUAGAAGAAGCUUUGGCUUUGCAUGAAUUCUUACGAGAAUCUGGAGACCUUCAGGAAUGGAUUAACCAGCAAAGACAAGUGGCAAGUUCUGACGAAUAUGGCACUGACUACGAGCAUGUCCAGCAACUUCAGGCUAAGUUUGACACCUUCCAGCACCAGAUGGAGACAGCUGGACAAAGGAUGGCAGGAUGCCAACAACUUGCGGAUAGCCUUCUUGACAGAGGACACUCUGACUCUAUGCAAAUUGUUCAAAAGCAAAAGGAGCUACGGGCAUCUUGGGAAGAACUUCAGGAACUAACUAAGCAACGAAGAAAGCGCCUGCAAAAUGCUGAAGAUGUUCAUAAGUGUUUUUGGGACUUAAAGGAAGCCCUCUCUCAAAUAGAGGAAAAAUCCCAAAGCAUUCCAGAUGACAUUGCCAAAGACCUUAGCGGAGUCCAGUCCCAGCUGCGUAAACACGAGGCCCUGGAACACGAGUUGUCUGGGAAUGAGCAGCAGCUCCAAGAGCUUGUUGAUGCAGCGGAUGACACCCUGUCUAGGUGCUCUGGGGAACAGACCCUGAGACUGCAACAGAAACAGCAAGAAGUGGUGGAGAAAUGGGAGUGGAUGAAAGCCAAAGUGGAACGGAGGAGAACAGAACUGGAAAAGGCCUGCAAGCUCUACCUCUUCCUGGCAUCCGUGCGUGACUAUAUGUUGUGGGCUGCAGAAAUAACCCGUGAAAUGAAUGCUGAAGAGACCAUAAGGGGAGUUCUAGAAAGUAGCAAGAGACUGAAAGCCCAUCAAGACCUAAGGCAGAAUAUGGACGCCCAUCAAGAAACAUACAAUAAAACAGUCACUGUUGGACAAUCUCUUCUACAGGAGGGAAAAAUCCCUGCAGUACAGCUUAGAGAAAAGCUGCAGGCUCUGGUGGAAGAAAACAAGAAUCUUUAUCAGCACUGGGAAAAGAAAAGAAAGUUUCUGGAACAGGUUCACCAGGAGCAAGUUUUCUACAGAGACAUUGAUAAUAUGGAGAAGAUCCUAAAUGCACAGGAGGUGAGAUUGAAGUCAAGUGACCUCGGAGCCUCCGCUGGAGAAAUCGAACAACUGAUCAAAAAGCAUGAGGCCUUUGAGAAGCUUCUUUCAUCCCAGGAGGAAAAGGUGACAUCCUUGCAAGAUCAAGCCACCAAACUUCUUGAAGACAGCAGAAGACCAGAGACUAGGCAGGUCCAAUACAGACUGAAUUCUGUCAUAGACAGGAGGAAAAAGGUGAAAGCUCUCAGUCAGGCCAGGCGGGAAGAGUUAACUACAGCGCUCCUGCUGGCUCUGUUCAACCAGAACCUCUCAGAGGCUCAGUACUGGAUCAAUGAGCGCAUGCAGAUGCUGGAUGAUGACACUCAGCAAGGGUCCAUGGAUAUACAAAGUAAACUAAAGCUCUUACAGAAACAUCAAGUGUUUGAAGCUGAGAUUCUUGCCCAUGAGAAGACAAUCCAAGAUGUUACUGAGAUGGGGAAGUCAUUGGUAUCUCAGCAACAUCCCAAAUCUGCAGAUAUACGUCAGAAAAAUCGGACACUACUUGAAGAAUGGGAGAAGCUGAAGAAAGCACUAGCUGCACGGGGAAAAAUGCUGGAGGAUAAGCGAGACUUACUAGAAUUUUUGCAGAAAGUGGAUCAAGUGGAGGCUUGGAUCAGAGAUAAGGAAGUGAUGAUUAAUGUGGGUGAUGUAGGUGAAGAUUAUGAACACUGCCUCCAGCUUACAAAGAAGUUGAAUGAGUUCCGUGGAGCAGGAUCUGAGGAAGUAACAGUGGAUGAUGCCCAUAUAAAAGCUAUUAAUGCUCUUGCCACCAAGCUGGAGAGACAGAACCUGGAAGAGAUGAAGACCGUUCACCAGCGGAAGAAACAACUCAAUGACAAGUGGAAUAUUUUCCAUGGGGAUCUAAACAAGUAUCGCAAGGCUUUAGAAGGAGCCCUUGAGAUUCACGCCUUAAUCCGUGAAAUUGACAAUAUCAAUGAGAGGAUGAGUGAAAAGAGCACACUUAUGCAAGCUCUUGACUAUGGAAAAGAUGUAGAAAGUGUCGCCAACUUAAUCAGACGACAUGAAGAAACUAUUCGUGACAUCAAUGUCAUUCAGUCCCAGAAAGAGUCCUUGCACCAAGAAGCCAACCGGCUGUCACGAAGAAAUUCAUCAAUGUGCGAACGUCUGGCCUCAAAAGAGAAGGAGAUGACUGAAAAUUGGCAGAAGCUCCAACUACAGGCCAGUCAAAGAAAGGAGAAACUGGAUGCAUCUUACCAUCUGCAAAGGUUCAAUGCUGAUAUCCGAGAGAUAAUGAACUGGAUGCAGAAACUUCAGGCCUUGAUGGAAGGAGCAGCCUUGCCAAAAACUAUGGGAGAUGUUGGAGUUAGAAUUGAGGAACACCAAGAGAGGAAGUCAGAAAUAGAAGCUUGGACAGAAAGGUUCAACUCUGUGAAAUCCUCUGGGCAGAAGCUGUGCAACUCUGGACAUUAUGCAGCUGAUGACAUCCGACGUGUUCUCUCCAAUGCAGAAGAGGCCUGGGAUUCGUUAAUUCAGUCCUGGAGGGAACAGAAUGUCAAGCUGUGUCAGGCUCGCGACCUACAGAUGUUUUUCAGCCUUGUUGAUCAAAGUGAAAGCUGGUUAAACAAUAAAGAAGCUUUUCUGGCCAAUGAAGACCUAGGGGACUCUGUUACUAGUGUUGAAAGUCUUCAAAACAAGCAUGAGAAGUUUCAAAAGGCCCUUGACGCCCAGAUGGGUAAAAUAGAUGAAAUGGAGGCAUUUGCCAAGCAACUGCUAGGCGAUCAACAUUAUGACUCUGAGAACAUUGCCAAUAAAUGCCAGGGUGUGCUGGAGAGGAAAGAGAAACUCUUGAACUUGUCUGAGGCUCGUAAGAAGAAACUUGAGGAGUCCAGGCAGCUGCAGAAAUUUCUCAAGAGCUCCUAUGAGGUGGGUGCCUGGAUGCUUGAGAAGAGCAGUAUCGCCAUGGAUGAGAGCUGGAGAGACCCCAGCAACCUUCAGACCAAGUUACAGAAACAUCAAACAUUCGAGGCAGAGCUGAAAGCAAACCGCAACCGACUGGACACCAUAAGAGCUGACGGGGAGAAGAUGUUGCAAGCUAAGCAUUACGCCUCUGAUAUCAUCCAAACAAGACUAGAUGAAAUGGAGGAACUCUGGGCUGAGCUUCUGGAAAAAUGUGCUGAGAAGGCAAACAAACUCCAGGCUGCCUAUAAGGCAUUGAAAUUUCAGAGAAGUUUAGAGGACAUUGAAAAGUGGCUGGACCAGGUAGAAGCCAAGCUGGACUCUUCUAAUAAAGGUAAAGAUCUCAUGACACUUGAGAAACUUGGAGAGCUUGAAGAGGACAUCACUAGCCAUGGAGAGAGACUUAAAGUUCUGGCAGAUAAAACUCGUGAAUUCCGACAGGAGGGUCACUUCCUGGCAGAAGAAAUAGAAGACAGAGUUCGGAUUCUAAUUCACAGGUACAAGAGCCUUAAUGAGCCAUUGCAGGAGUGCAGGGCGGCUCUAGAAGGCAGGAAGUUAUUAGAUCAGUUUUUCCGGGACAUUGAUGAUGAACUGGGUUGGAUUGAAGAAAAGAUGCCUCUUGCCUCAUCUAAGGAGUGCGGCCAGUCGUUGACCACUGCACAGGCAUUACUAGAAAAGCACCAGAACUUAGAAAAUGAAAUCAGCAGCCGAGAAGCAUUGACUAAAGCUGUGAUGGGCACCGGACGGAAAUUGGUAAGAGGAAACCAUUUUGCCAGUCAAGAGAUUGACAGUCGACUGCAUCAACUGGAAGUGGCUGCGGACACAUUAAAAGCUGAAGCAGAAAGGAGACGAAAGAGGUUGACUCAGGCCUGUGAAGCCCAACAGUUUUUGACUGAGCUUUUAGAAGCAGAAGCAUGGAUGGCAGAGAGGGGAAUUACAAUCAAGUCAACGGACAGUGGAAAAAAUGAAGAAUCCACCCAAGCACUGUUGCGGAAAUUAGAUGCCACCAUACGGGACUUAGAAGGUUUCUCUCCAAGGAUCAACAAAUUGAAAGACACUGGAAGAAGCCUAGAGAGUGAUAACGAAAAUCCAGAAAGUUCCAUAGUAAUCCCAAAACUGCAAUCCAUUCUGGGGGAAUAUCACUCCCUGCUGGAGAGAGCUGAACAGCGCAGAGGUCACUUACAGGAGCAAUAUCAGCUGUUCCAGUAUCUAAAAGAAGCUGAUACCAUAGAGGCCUGGCUGCUCAGCAAAAAGACUGCAGCUGAAUCUGAUGACUUAGGACAAGAUUUGGAAGGCAUUAAGGUGUUAGAGAAACAGUUUGAGAACCUUGUGAAGGAAGUAGAGACAUUGGGUAAAAGCAAAGUGUUGUCUUUAAAUGAACUGGUAUCAGGACUGUUGAAAGAGUCUCACAGCCAGGCUGAAGUAAUAAAGAGGAAGACAGAGGAGGUGAAUAGUACUUGGGAAGCCCUCUGCCGGUCAAUCGAAAACCGUGCUAAGAUUCUUGGUAAAGCCCACCAGGUCCAUCAGUUUGAUCAUGAGGUUGAUGAGUUAAUUGCCUGGAUGCAGGAGAAGGAAGUCACGGUGAACACAGAUGACUAUGGCUAUGACCUUUCUGGGGUGCAGAGUUUGCUAAGUCAACAUGAGGGCUUUGAAAGGGAUCUUGCAGCCAUUAAAAAAGAAAUGGAACAAGUCAUUAAACAGGGACAUUACUUAAGUCAGCUACACCCACCAGUCCAGAAGAACGUGGCAGAGAGACUGGAAGAUGUGUCCAGAAGGUGGGGGAGUCUAAUAUCAAGAUCUCAAGAAAGGAAAGAAAAAUUGUCCCAAGCUGAACAAGUGCAGAUGUAUUUCAGCGACUGUGGCGAGUUAAUAGUCUGGGCAAGAGAAAUCCAUGCUCUGAUGGUAUCUGAGGAAUUAGCAAAUGAUGUGGCUGGUGCAGAGCAGCUGAUUAAACGACAUGAGGAAUACAAGAGGGAGAUUGACCGGCACUGGGGGAAGUAUGAAGAGCUUCAGAGGAUGGGGAAGUCUCUACUGGAGAAGGAACACUUCAUGUCUUUUGAGAUUGCAGAGAAAGUCCAAGAGCUGUCAGAGCUCAUGGGGUUUGUGUCUGACACCUGGAAGAGGAGGAAAGAUAUCUAUGAGGAAAACCUGGAGAUACAGCUUUUGUGUAGGGACCUAGAACAAGCAGAUGGAUGGCUUAACACCAAAGAACCAUAUCUUUUGGAUUCAAACUAUGGGGACUCUGUGCCACACGUGGAGGUCCUCAUGAAGAAACAAGAGGAAUUUGAAAAGAUGCUAGCAGCCCAGGAGGAGAAAUUUCAGAUGCUGAAGAGAAAAACAAAGAGAGAACAGAAACUGUUUACGCAAAUUGACUUUGAAGAAAAAGGACAGAAGAAACCUGAAACCUUCAUCAGAGUACCUUCUCUAAAGAGGAAGCCAUCAGACAGAAGAGUAUUCCCCCAAAGACUGGGGAGUGCAAGGGGUUCAGGCCUUUCCAGUAGACCUCCCAUGGAAACACUGGGCACCACACCCCAGAACAGUUCAGUGAUUUAUGGUGGUUUACUGGACAACUUGGAUGUAAAGAGCAACAAAACUGUAACAGAACAAAGGCCACAGCCAUUGGUUACCCCAAAUCUUCUUGAUCUCCAGAUCCCAAUUUUGGAAAACCCUAUUAGAUUAACUGAAUCCCAACCGACCUUGUCUGCUUCUCAGCAACCGCUGUCUUCAGUGCAGACAUACCAAAGCUUAAAAGUGCCAAUUGCAGAGGAAAUCCUAGACAAUAAUACACCCUUAAUUACUUUAGAGGACACCAAGUACCAACCUGAGGAAAGAUCCUUUGUGAAACCAACAAAUUCUUCAACACUACUGUCACUUAAUUCUGACCUGUCCUCAGGAAAAGUACACAGCGAUGUUGUGGAGAGGAAGCCAUUGGCUGAACUUCCAAGAGUCCCAGUUCUCUCUGCCUUGAUUCCUGAGACACCACCUGUUAGAACUUUGGAGGUGAAGCCUGAUCUUCUGCUAGAACUUAAUGUGGACUCGUCAAGUGGACCAACAAAAAUACCUGAUCUACCUACACCAACGUCACCAAGUCCUUCCUUUGAUAAAGUAAUAAAUGGAUUUAUGGAGGCAAAACAGACGCAUCAGCCAGGUGGAAAGGAAAAUCCAGCCGGCUUCUGGAACUCCUUCUACAUCACAUUGCGUGGACACAUCAUGAGCUUCUAUCAGGCCAAGAGGGAUGAAGCUAAGAAUGAAACUGCAAUUCCUUCAGUAAGCUUGGUGGGUGCAGUCUGUGAAAGAAUAAGGGAUCCUUCGGGAAAAGCAAACACCUUCAGUGUCAGAGCCACUGACGGAUCUGAAUACAUAUUCUCAGCUCCCACUGCUAGAAAGAUGGAAAUCUGGAUCCAAACAAUUGGGGAUGAGCCUGUCAUUAAAAGAGAUGAAUCUUUUUACUCACCAAUAAAAGAAAAUCCUAGGACAUUAUCAUUUGAACCAGAGAGCAAUGGACAUACAUUUUCUGCUAGCAGAGUCUACAUUACCUCAGAGAAGACAGAUUUUUACUCUCCUAAACCCGUUGAGACAGAUGGCGUUAAAGAGAAGCACACAAAGAAUGUUUUUAAGAAGUUCUUCAAAAAGUAAACUACACUGUUAUAAGAUGGAGCCAUAGAUGAGGUUAAUGGACUUUACGCCCUGUCCAAAAAUUCAAGGAGGUUUAUGAAGAUGAAACUUGUGGGGCCCUUCUGCUGGGUACUCAAAAUAAUGGCUCUGCAGGAAUAAAAACUUGAAAAUAGAUUCUGAACUAUUAUUAUUCAAAACUGAUUAAAGACCGGAAGCUCAGGGAAUUUCACAUGUCGUUUUGGUGCACUUUUUUGAGGAGUUUUUAAAUUUGAUGUCAGGAGUGGAUUGUAAAGGGGGGAGAAUCUAAUGCUGACUUUUUAAAUACAUUAAUAGUUUUGGCUUCAAGAUUUACAUUGAAAAGGCACAUGUCAAAGCACACUAAGGCCCCUUUCACACGGGCGAGAAUUCUGUGCGGGUGCAAUGCGUGAGGGGACCGCAUUGCACCCGCACUGAAUCUGGACCCAUUCACUUCAAUGGGGCUGUGCACAUGAGCGGUGA